AUGAGUACAAAAGUUUGUUAAAAUUAAAAGCUAUUUAAUGUAGUUGAUGAUUUUAGCAUGAUAUCCUAAAAAUCUAUUUAAACGAGUGAACAAAAAGUAAUCAAUUUAUAAUAAGUUCUUAUUGCUAAAAUUGGUACGAGCUUUCACUAAGAAUUUAACAUCAUCGACAACAAAUUAGCUGCUGCUACUUCUGAUGCUUAGAGCUUUUAGCUUCAUUUUUCUUCUUCAGGCAAGCAGGCAAGAUUAUUUCUGUAUUAAAAAGAAAAGCAAUUAAAUAAUUACAUAGAUAAUUUUAAAUUCCUUAACUUAUGA